AUGGUCAACUUGUUACAAUCAAUCAAGCAAUCGAGGAAGCCCGGAUCUUUGCGAGACAAAUCAAGGAGCUCUUCAAUGAUCUCCCUUGCCCUAAAAGAGAAUUCUUUCAAAGAGAGAAGCGUUUUCUGCAAUUCACACAGAAAACAGCUAUUCUAUGAAUGGAAAUUUGGUGGCGCUGAAAAGAGAAGGCGUCUAAAGAUUUCGAAUAUUGGCAGUGCCCAACAAAAGAAAUCGAAUCCUCGAGACAAUGGUGAAAAAUUUAACGUCUCACCUCCACUGAAUUCUCUUCUCACAUCUCCACCAACACCCACUGAGAUUAGGACAAUCUCACCAAAACCUCAAAGCUUCCCACUUUUGAAAUGCGUUUGUUGUGACGUCAAUUUUACAUACGAAGAGCAAAACGCUUUUGAGAUCGAGUGCAACCUCAAGGUGCCCAGCUUUUUCACCCAUGAGGAGUGCUUCAAGGAGACUUUGGCCAAGCAAGGGCUCAAUGGGAGCAAGAGAAAGGAGUGGAAAACAGCUGAUUGUGUGGAAAACGAUUGCGCUGGACACCUCAUUUUCAUUCGUCCCAUAAAGAAAGGCGGAUUCUAUGAAAAGCCAGUCUACUGCGAU